UAUACAUAUAUUUGUGCCCAUAUAUAUAUGUGUAAAUACGUACCCAUAGAUCAUAGGUAGAGUAGUAGCAGCUACCCUUUGAACACCUUGGCAAAAACCAUGAUAAAAUUUAAAGGGUUCUUCGUUACUGUUCUUGCUCUGAACGUCAUUGUGGUUCAGAUAGCAAUGGCGUCUGUGAUUUCAACUGGUGAUUACAAUAAAGACUUCUUCGUGGAAUGGUCUCCCAGCCAUGUCAACACCUCUGCCGAUGGAGGAACGAGAACCUUGAGGCUGGACAAAGAAUCAGGAGCUCGCUUUGCCUCGAACGACAUGUUCUUGUUUGGCCAGUUCGACAUGCAGAUCAAGCUGGUGCCGGGCUACUCGGCCGGCACCGUCGUCACCUUCUACCUCUUGUCGGGCCAGCCCAAUCACGACGAAAUAGACUUCGAGUUCCUUGGCAAUGUCUUGGGGCAGCCAUACAUCCUCCAAACAAAUGUUUUCACUUCUGGAAUGGGCUACAGAGAAGAGAGAAUCACUCUCUGGUUUGAUCCCACCGUGGAAUUCCACACCUAUUCUAUUCACUGGAACAUUCACCAGAUCGUGUUCAUGGUGGACUCCAUACCCAUCAGAACAUACAGAAACCACGCAGACAAGGGGGUGGGCUACCCUAGAUCGCAGCCGAUGCCCGUCAUGGCCAGCAUAUGGGACGGCAGCGACUGGGCCACGGGUGGCGGCCGGGACAAGGUCAACUGGUCGAAGGCUCCUUUCAUAGCCUCGUACGGGAGCUACAAGAUGGACGCCUGCGUGUGGAAAGGGAACCCUAGGGUUUGCGAAGAAGCCAACUCGGAGAACUGGUGGAACCAGGAGAGCUGGAGCUCGCUGACAGGAGUGCAGAGGAGGUUCCUGAAGUGGGUUAGAGAAUAUCAUAUGGUUUAUGACUAUUGCCAGGACAACGAGAGAUUCAAUGGAAGCCUCCCCCUGGAGUGCUCUCUACCCUAGUACUGAUGAAUGGUGAUGAUUCGAAGAGGAUGAAAGGCCUGUCCUUUUGUUCUUUUCUUGAGCUCUUUGAUCUGCUCUCAUGCAUAUAAUAUACUAUUUUAAUCAAUAAAUUAGUGAAGAGUUUG